AUGACCGCCCACACCGACCAUCCCAUCACGACGCCGCCGCGGGUCCCGUCGCCCGUUCAGGGCUUUGGCACGCUGGCCGUGCAUGCGGGGUCCCCCCACGAUCCCGUCACCGGCGCCGUCAUCGAGCCCAUCUCUCUGUCUACCACCUUCGCCCAGACUGCGGUCGGCCGCCCCGUAGGCGAGUACGAGUACAGCCGCAGCAGCAACCCCAACCGCGCCAACUUCGAGCGCAUGGUUGCGGCUCUCGAGCACGCCAAGUACGCCCUGGCCUUCUCUUCCGGCAGCGCCACGACUGCUGUUAUCUUGCAGUCCCUGGCUGCCGGCUCCCACGUCAUCUCCGUCUCCGACGUCUACGGCGGCACCCAUCGCUACUUCACCCAGGUGGCCAAGGCCCACGGCGUGCGUGUUACGUUCACCCCCGAGAUUGAGGUCGAUAUUCGCGACCACAUCAAUGAAAACACCAAGCUGGUCUGGAUUGAGACUCCUUCGAACCCGACCCUGCGCCUGGUCGACAUCCGUGCCGUUGCCACCCAGGCUCAUGAGCACGGCAUCCUGGUCGUCGUCGAUAACACCUUCCUGAGCCCCUACGUCCAGAACCCUCUCGACCAUGGCGCCGACAUCGUCGUCCACUCCGUCACCAAAUACAUUAACGGGCACUCCGACGUGGUGAUGGGCGUGGCGGCUUUCAACAGCGACGAACUGUACAAGCGCCUCUCCUUCCUCCAGAACGCCAUCGGUGCCGUCCCCUCGGCCUUCGACUGCUGGCUCGCCCACCGCGGUGCCAAGACCCUUCACCUGCGCGCUCGCGAGGCCACCCGCAACGCCACGGCCGUCGCCCACGCCCUGGAAGCCUCUCCCUACGUCAUUGCCGUCAACUACCCAGGUCUGGACUCGCAUCCGCACCGGGCGAUUGCCAAGAAGCAGCACCGCGACGGCAUGGGCGGCGGCAUGCUCUCGUUCCGCAUCAAAGGCGGCCACGCCGCGGCGGAGCGCUUCUGCCAGCUGACCAAGAUCUUCACGCUGGCCGAGUCACUGGGCGGCGUCGAGUCGCUCGUCGAGGUCCCCUCGGCCAUGACCCACGCCGGCAUUCCGCGCGACCAGCGUGAGGCUGUUGGUGUUUAUGAUGACCUUGUGCGCAUCAGCUGCGGUGUUGAAGACGCCGAGGACCUCAAGAAGGAUGUCCUCCAGGCUUUGGAGAGGGCUGUGGCUGAGGCUGAGGCGAAGAAUGGUGUUGCCAAUGGGACAAACGGGACGAACGGGCUUUGA